AUGGGUGGUUAUACACAGCCGCUGUUGAUGGCUGUUGCGUCUGCAGCAAUUGGUGGUUCGUUUCAAUUCGGCUACCAUAUUGGAUGCAUCAAUGUUCCUGCACGGAUAAUCAAACAGUGGAUGAUCGAGUCUCAUCAGAAACUAUUCAAGGAGACGUUGACAAUGGAUGAAAUCGGCCGAGUGCAGUGGGCAAUAGCGGUAGGUAUUUUUGCGGUCGGCGGUAUGGUUGGUGGCUUAUUGUCGGGCAAAACAGCAGAUUGGCUGGGUCGCAAGGGAGCGAUGAUGCUCAGUAGUUUUGUGGCCCUUUUGGCUGGCGUACUGAUGACGGCCUCGUACUAUGCCAACGUAUAUCCACUGAUGAUUAUUGGGCGUUUUGUUAUUGGUGUCAAUGCUGGUUCGUGA